AUGUCUGCGGCCGAGCGGGAAAUCCUCCUGGACAAGCUUUUCGCUGCCCGGCUGGGCCUGCUCGAUCUAUACGUGGCUACGCAGGUUCACCUGUCUGAGUCUCUGAAGUCUGGCUUUUUCGAGUUGGCACGCGCCCGGCAGACGUCCACCGGACACCGCAUCGAUCCGGCCAACUUCGAUCACCGUAUGAAGGCACUGCUUUACCUGGAGACGGAUGAUGCUCUCCACAUGGCCGCGCCCGAUCGCUUGGAUGCCCUGCUCCAAGGAGAGGAUCUUCUGGCAAGCUCACAUCGCCCGGCUUCGGUGAUGGUGCUUCGCACCUUCAACCCCGGCGACCCAGUCCCACAGACAGAGGCGCACCCCGCUACAGUGGCUGAUGAUGCUGCUGCUGCGGCGGCGGCGGCGACGACGGCUGCCUCUCCUGCGGCUGUCGCUUCCGGCCCUGCCGCUCCCCUGUCCAAAACCGAGGCCCAUGCGACCACUGCCCCCCCCGGCGUGACCUCCCUGGCUAGCGACAUCCAUGCGGCCCUAGAUCGGUCCUCAGCCAUCCUGGAGCAGGUGACCAAGGCCUUGGCCGACUCGUCCUUUGCCGAGACCGAGGCCGAGGCGGCCGAGAAGCGCCAGCCGCCGGCGGUGCGGAAAUCCAUGCGUACCAGCGCCUCCGGGAGCUCCAUCACUCGGAAUGCCCUGUCGGACCUUCGGUCGCGCGUGGCCUCGGAACUGGUCAACCAGCGGCCAUCGUCCUCUGAGCAGGAUGCCCCUGCUGAGGGUGAUGGUGACGACGCUGAUGGUGACGGCCACGCUGGGGACAUGUCUUCGGAUGAGGAGCCUCCGGAGCCCACCCUGCGCAACCCGGCCAACUGGUUCGGUGCGCUGGUUCCCCCAGCCCUGCGCCAAUCGCAGAAGCACUUCCGCAGUGCUGUCGGUCACAUCGAAUUGCUGGCCAACAUCUCCAUCGAGAUGGCGUCGAUCGAUGCCCUCGAGCAUCAGCUGAAGACAGCUGAUUCUGAGUAAAGGGGUCAUGUCCAUGGAUGGGCGGCUCCUCCUUGCCCCUGCUCCCCCCCCCCC